AUGUUAAAAGUAUUUUCUACCGUGUUCAAACUGAUGUUGAUUUCGAUGUUUACGUUUUAUUUUGGUCAUGGAUAUUCAAGCAUGUACCGCUAUAGAAAAGUCCAGCAGAGUCGGCCAUACACGGUAGUAUCUUGUUCCCUGACUCGCCUGUCCAGUCUGUCACAGUGUGCAGCCCUUGCUGACAAAUCCAAGUCGGUGACCUUCUUUUUCCAUACAGAUCUUGGACCAGAUGGGUAUCUUUGUCGUUGGGACUGUUUUUUCGUUAACAGUUAUUCUUCGUCGGUGCUCUGCAACUUUCCAUGUACUGUUUUUGAGGUAAUAUGGAAAAAGAAUGAAGCUUUACACAGAUCACCUAUAGCUUCCUCAGUUUACUCAGAUAAUUAUGACCUCUGGGGUCCAAUCUACGCUACAGACAGUCUAUUUCCCGCCGGCAACACUGAUACUCAAUUUUUUCAUUCCUCUACGGAAGUCUCACCAUGGAUCAGAGUAGAUUUGAAACAAAUCCUAGAUAUAUCCUUUCUCCGUGUUUAUAUCAGGACAGAUACUGAAGGUAAGAAAUUCCACGACACUGCAGUAGAGGUAGCGGAUAACAGCAUGACUUUUGUUCAACGUGGGUUCUACAAGGGACCCGCAAUGACAAAGGAGGUGGUAGAAAUCCUCUGUGAAUCCCAAACUGUCGGGCGCUUCGUCCAACUAAGAAUCAUCGAAGGAUUUGCAAAUAAUUUAGAUGUUUUAGAACUUGAAAUUUAUAUUUUGUAAUUUGCUUUUUAAGAGUUACGAAUAAAAGAA